CGUAUUCGACUGCGGUUAACGGCGCAACAGGCCAAACGGAACGGCAGUUGAGAGAACGCAGCGAAAAGUUGACACCAAAUUCACGCGAGUUUUAAAUUGGAAAAAUACUAAACAAAAAGUUAACAAUUAAGUGUUUAUCGAUAGAUCGCACCAACACCUAUACAAACUCCAUAAAAGUGUGCGUGUGUGUGUGUGCAAAAAAAGAGCGCACAAAAAGGAAGCGCGAAAAAGUUCACAAGGAAAUUUGUAGAAACGCUUGCAAAAUGUGCACAUAAAACAAAGAGCGAAAAAAAGUGCUUUAAAGACAGAGGCAUAAAAAAAAACCAAGCAAAUUGCUUAAAAAUAAACAGUAUAAAUAUAAUUUUUGAAGAUAAACAGUUUUGAUAGCGCGCCCUAACCUCAAAAUGGUUUCGCACUAUUACAAUACACUGCCGUAUUCGCAAAAGCACAAUGCCAAUCUGGCGUACGCCUCGGCUGCGGCCGCGGGCCAGCCCUGGAACUGGCCAACCAACUAUCAUUCGGCGCCCAAUCAUCAGUUCCUGAGCGAUGUGGACUCACCGCAUGCCGCCCACCAUGCAGCCGCCCAUCAAAUGUACUACAAUCCGCACAUGUUCCACUCGGCGGCGGCGGCGGCCAGCGCCAGCGAAUGGCAUUCGCCCGCCUCCAGUUCGGCGGCUGGCGAGAACUUUGUGCAGAAUGUGCCGACGACGGCGCAUCAGCUGAUGCAGCAGCAUCAUGCGGCGCACAUUAACAGCGGGCUGCCCAGCGGCGGCUCCAGCAGCUCGGCCAGCUCCGGCAGCAGCGGCUCUGCGCCAGCGGUGGGUGGUGCAGCGCCGGGCGCCACGCAGCUGAACGAGCCGAAUGAUGCUGCAGUCCAUGCCCAGCAACAGCAGCAGCAGCAACAACAACAACAGCAGCAGCAACAGCAGCAGCAGCAACAACAACAUAUUGCCGAGGGUUUGCCAUCGCCGCCCAUAACCGUGUCGGGCAGUGAGAUAUCCAGUCCGGGUGCGCCCACCUCUGCCUCUUCGCCGCACCAUUUGACCCAUCACUUAAGUGCAGCGGGCAGUGUCAGCAACAACAACAACAACAGCCCCUCUACACACAACAACAACAACAGCAUCACGGCCAACAACAACCAUCGCACAUCGCCAGCGAAGACGCAAUAUUACGAGUGGAUGAAGAAACCAUCAUAUCCAGCACAACCGCAGCCGGAACUGUGCAGCACGCCCAAUUUAGAGGACUUUACCGAAUUGCUGGAAGCAGGUGGCAAAACGCGCACCAAGGACAAAUAUCGCGUUGUCUACACGGACUUUCAGCGCCUGGAGCUGGAGAAGGAGUAUUGCACGUCCCGUUAUAUAACCAUACGGCGGAAGAGCGAGCUGGCGCAGUCGCUGUCGCUGUCGGAGCGCCAGGUGAAGAUCUGGUUCCAGAAUCGACGCGCCAAGGAGCGCAAACAGAACAAAAAGGGCAGCGAUCCGAAUGUGAUGGGCGGCGUCCAGCACACGGACUACAGCCAGCUGCUGGAUGCCAAGACGAAGCUGGAGCCGGGCCUGCAUCUGCAGCACACGCUGCACUCCAUGAACCCAAUGGCGGCCAUGAACAUAUCCGCAAUGCGUCUCCAUUCCCAUUCCCAUCUGGCCGCCCACAGUCAUGCGCUGGCCGCGGCGUCCGCCCAUUCCCAUCAGCUGCAGCACAGCGCCCAGAUGUCCGCCGUGGGCGUUGGCACGCUCUCAAUGUGACAUGACUAUGCUGGAGGCGGGGGCGGGGGCGACCCAAACAGCUAUGGCAACCACAGCGGGAGCAGCGGGGGGAGCGGGGGGAGCGGCGGCGGCAGCGGGGGGAGCAGCUACGGCUUUGCAACGUGUCCACGUGAUCUGGCCGUGGAUUUGGCUUAGGCUUUGGCUUUGUAUUGUCGGGCGGGCGGGC